AUGCUGUGGGAGCUGCGCUCGGCCGCCUUCAGCCGGGCGGUGCUGGCCGAGUUCGUGGCCACGCUGGUGUUCGUGCUGCUGGGGGUGGGCUCGGCGCUGGCCUGGCCGUCAGCGCCCACCCCCAGCCCCCUGCAGGUCGCCCUGGCCUUCGGGCUGGCCAUCGGCACGCUGGUGCAGGCGCUGGGCCCCGUCAGCGGCGCCCACCUGAACCCCGCCGUGACCCUGGGCUGCCUGCUGGGCUCGCAGCUCUCCCUGCUCAGGGCGGCCUCCUACGUGGCUGCCCAGCUCCUGGGGGGGGUGGCCGGGGCCGCCAUCCUGCACCAGGUGACACCCCCCGAGGCCGCCCGGGGCAUGGCUGUAAACAGGCUGAACAACGAGACGUCGGCGGGGCAGGCGGUGACGGUGGAGCUUUUCCUCACCUUCCAGCUCGUCCUCUGCGUUUUGGCGUCCACGGACGAGCGGCGCGAGGACCGCGUGGGCUCCCCCGCCAUCUCCAUCGGCCUCUCGGUGGCCGCGGGGCACCUGCUGGGGAUCCGCUACACCGGCUGCUCCAUGAACCCCGCGCGCUCCUUCGCCCCCGCCGUCAUCGCGGGCGACUUCAGCGACCACUGGGUGCUCUGGGUGGGGCCGCUGCUCGGCGCGGCUGUGGCCUCGCUGCUCUACAACUUGGUGCUGUCCCCGCAGCCCCGGACGCUGCAGGAGCGCUUGGCCGUCCUGUGGGGCCGCGGCCCCGAUCACGAGUGGGCCGAGCGAGAGGCCCGGCGGCGGCAGUCGGUGGAGCUGCACUCGCCGCACUCCCUGCCCAGGGGGAUGUCCGAGAAAGUGUAA